CAGUGCACACAGGGAGCAGCAUGAGCAGUGAAGAGUCCGACGUCAUCAUCUGGUCACCCUAAAAUAUGGUAGACAUUGGAAGAAUAUAAAAUAUGAAUAUCUUUGGCUGUGAGUGAUGGGGGGGGAUCGGCCUCAGCGAAAAUUAUUUGAAUAAUUAAAUAGAUGUUUAGUGUACAAAAAGUGAUGACAAAAGUGUUUUAUUUGGAAUUUUCAAAACGGACUUCUUCGUUUAAACUGCUGUACCGAAGCAAAACUGUAGGAGCUGUCGAAACCGUACUUCUAGACCGGAACCCUGGCCACCUGACUAAAGCCCCAACUAAGAAGAUCCACAUUUCAAUUGUGGGCUUUUAUUUUGAAGGAUUUAAUAUUACCAUACGAAAGUGACGGGAUUGUUUGUACUUCUGGCGGAAUAUUAAUCACCGUCCCAUUGUUGUUUGUUGAGGCAGCUGGCUAGCUAACUUAGGACCUACACAAGGCACCAUGGGGAAAGAUCCUAGGAAACCGAGAGGCAAGAUGUCGUCAUAUGCUUACUUCGUGCAGACCUGCAGGGCAGAGCACAAGAAGAAACACCCCGAAGCCAGUGUCAACUUCGCUGAGUUCUCCAAGAAAUGCUCAGAGCGAUGGAAGCCCAUGUCUCCUAAAGAAAAAGGCAAGUUUGAAGACAUGGCGAAGCAAGACAAGGUCCGCUACGAGAGAGAAAUGAAGAACUACAUCCCACCCAAUGGCCAGAAAAAGAAGAGGUUCAAGGAUCCUAAUGCCCCCAAGAGACCACCGUCUGCGUUCUUCAUCUUCUGUGCUGACUUCCGGGCCAAGAUAAAGAGCGAGCACCCAGGCCUGUCCAUUGGAGACACUGCUAAGAAGCUGGGAGUGAUGUGGAACAGCUCUGCAGCUGAGGAGAAGAAGCCGUACGAGAAGAAGGCCGCCACGCUGAAGGAGAAAUACGACAAAGAUAUCGCCUCAUACCGCACCAAUGGUAGAGUGGAUACGGCCUCCUCCGCAGCUGCUGACGAUGAAGAAGAUGAUGAUGAGGAAGAUGACGAUGAGGAUGAUGACGAGUAGCCUCUCUGCUGUUGUAGCCUACAUACUUGUUUUAAUGCUAUGUAACUCUAUUGUACACACCCUACAUCUCUGAACAGACCCAGAUGCAACGAGAACACAUUAGGAUGUGUGUAUAUUUAAUGUUCUUAAGAUGGAUGGUGUUAUGCUCCCUUAAAGUUAACACUACAUGUCUUGAAUUUGAUGUUCUGAUAUUUUUGUUGUUGUUCCUGCCCUUGCCUGUGACUGCUUUGGAGGAUUAUGAAACAAUAUGGAAGUAAUAGGUGUGCAACUCUCAAAUCAGAUUUCUGGGUUGGUAGCUAGUGUAUUUGUUUUGUUUUUCCUGUAUUUGUUUGAAAGGAUAUUUUUUCAUGUUUGUCACAAGGUCUUUUUAUUGUUCUUUGAAUACCACUCUAAUUGCAGCUGACAUUCAGGAAUGUCUUAAAUAAAGGUCUUUUUUAAUAAAUGUGUCUUUUUGGAAGAUUUACCAUGAUCUAAGGCAUUUGGUUGAUUUCGAUAAAUAUGUACAUAGUGCCUUCAGAAAGUAUUCAUACCCUUUUGAAUUAUUCCACAUUUUGUUGUCAGACUGAAUUCAAAAUGGAUUAAAUAUUUUUUUUUUUAUCCAUCUACACAAUACCCUAUAAUGACAAGGUGAAAACACGUUUUUAGAUAUUUUAGCUAAUUAAUUAAAUGAAAUACAUUUCUAAUUUACUUAAGUAUUAUGUUCACCAGAGUCAGUAAUUUCAGCUUUGCACACCUGGAUAGUACAAUAUUUGUGAAUUCUUUAAACAAUUAUUCAAGCUCUGAAGUUGGUUGGUUGUCAACCACUGCCAUACAGACAUGUUCAAAUGUGGCUAUAGACUUUCAAGCUGAUUAAAGUCUUAACGUUCAAUCUUG